AUGCUUUUCUCCAAGGCUACUAUUGCCCUUGCGGCCGUCUUUGCCCAGGGCCUCGCUGCCACCACGCCCCUGGUCGGCAACCCCAACUACACCGGCAACAGCACCACCAUCACCGCUGUGUGCAGCGCCGUCCGCUCUGCCUGCCAGGCCCAGCCCGACGCCAACCAGGCCCAGUGCGCCUCGCUGGCCGCCGGGUGCUGCAACGCCGCCGACACCGUGUGCCGCAGCGGCCCCGGCGCCAACAUGGCCACCUGCUCCGCCGACAAGGCCGCCUGCUACGCCGGCGCCAACCUGCCCAACCCCUACGCCAAGCGCGAGGUCGCCGUCGCCGUGUGCGAGACCACCCGCAGCACGUGCUUGGCCGCCAUUGGCAAUUCUGACCCGGCCCUGUGCCACACCCUGGUUGCCACCUGCUGUGACAACGCGCGCGACACUUGCGCCGACAAGCCUGGUGUGGACACGGCAAUCUGUGAUACCGAGCACGCCGUCUGCUAUGCGUACUUCAGCUUGCCUGUCCAACCCUAA